AGAAGGAUGAUUCUCCGAGAAAAACCCUAACAGAAUUUCAGUGUUUCGAGAGUGAUCGGAAAACAUGGCGGUUGGUCUAAGAGAGUUCGCGCGCAGAACCGGAAACGGCUCCGGAACACCCCCGGUGCUAGACGAAUCUAACGGUGAGGAACUCAUGCACGUGCAGCCCUCCGUCGCCGUCGCUCUCGGCAAUCGAUCCCUCGAGUCUCCAGGAACGCUCUACAUCACUUCCAGGAAAUUGAUUUGGCUGAGUGAUGUAGACAUGGCGAAAGGCUACGCCGUCGAUUUCUUAUCGAUAUCGCUUCACGCAGUGUCUAGAGAUCCAGAGGCUUAUUCAUCUCCUUGUUUAUAUACUCAGAUUGAAGUUGAAGAAGAUGAGGAUGAAGAACAUGAGUCUGAUACUGAAUCCACCGGAGCUUUGGACUUGUCGAAGAUCAGAGAGAUGAGGCUUGUUCCUUCUGACUCUGCCCAGUUGGAUACUCUGUUUGAUAUGUUCUGUGAAUGUGCUGAGCUCAAUCCAGAACCAGUUGAAGGUAAGCAUAAAGCCGCAACCUUGCUGCUAUCGUUUGAUGAUGCAAUGUUUAGUUACAUUUUUAGUUUCAUUUGUACCUUUUCAGAAGAAGAAGAAAGUGAACAUAACUGGGUGUUUAGUGCUGAUCAGAUGGUUGUUGGUGGAGGAGCGGAAGAAGAUGGCGAAUGGCCAAUAUCUCAGAGCCCGACGAGUGUUAUUGGUCUAUCCGUUGGAGAUGAAGGUCUUGCUCAGCCUAUGCUUGAGCUCCAUAUCAAUGAUCAGAGGUUUGAUGAUGCUGAAGAGAUGGUUCAUGAAAGUGAGACCAAAGAUCACUAAUCUGUCCACAAAUGUAUUACGCUAAGACAGAGUUGUUUCUUAUGUUAAGACAAUGGCGUCUCUGUGUUCUUCAGAGUCCAUGUGCUUUGUUAAAUAUGUGUUUAGACUUGGAAGGUAGAUUUUGCUCA